AUGGCGCUGAGCAAGGCCGGGCGGCUGAUGGCGGCCCCCGGGGAGCUGGCGCUGGGCGGGGGCAGGACUUCCGCCGCGCGGCUCCUCCUGGUGCGCUGGGCGCAGGGCGGCGGCCCGCGGCCCCCGGAGAACGUGGUGCGGAUCCCCUGGGCCUUGCAGCUGCGGCUGGCUCGGGAGCCGCGCAGGCGGGGCCGGGAGGGGCCGGUGGUUCCGACCCGGGCGGGGAAGCUGCUGCUGCGGAGCCGGCGGCCGCAGCUGAGCCAGCCUCGCUGCCUGACGCUGGGGCGCUGGGAGCGGCCGCUCCUGGUCUCGGCGGGCUGGAAGCACCGGCGCGCCUGCGGGGACUACUUCCAGCUGGAGCGCUCCCAAGAGCAGGCGCCGGCCCUGGCCCCGCAGCCUCCCCGAGCCGCGGGAGGGGGCGCCUCCUUCCAGGCGCUGGGGCUGGGGCCGGCGCUGGUGUCCGCCCUGCGGUCCCUCUCCGUCACCCAGCCCACGGCCGUGCAGCGCCGCGCCAUCCCCACCCUGCUGCGCGGGGGGAACGCGCUGUGCGCCGCCGAGACGGGCAGCGGCAAGACCCUGGCCUAUCUCCUCCCGCUGUUCCAGAAACUCCUGUCUCGGCCCGCGCUGGGCCCGGCCUGGCCGCCCUCCCCUCGCAGCCUGGUGCUGCUGCCCUCCCGGGAGCUGGCGGAGCAGGUGCGCAGCGUGGCCUCCUCCCUGGGCCGUUCCCUGGGACUGCGGGUGCGGGAGAUUGGCGGGGGCCGGGGCAUGGCCAGCGUGAAAAACCAGCUCCGCUCGGACCCCGAUGCCGACUUGCUGGUGUCCACGCCUGGGGCCCUGUGCAAGGCGCUGCGGAAGCGGAUGGUGAGGCUGGAGCGGCUGUGCUGUCUGGUGCUGGAUGAGGCUGACACGCUGCUGGACUCCUCUUUCCUGGAUCUGGUGGAGGAGGUGCUCAUGCAAGCCCCCAUCGCCCACAGCCCCAAGGAGGUGGCCGACCAGUGGGACAUCAAAACCCAGCUAGUGAUCGUCGGAGCCACCUUCCCUGAAGGGCUAGGUCAGUUGCUGAGCAAGGUCACCGAUCUGGGCCGCUUCACCACUCUCACCAGCCAGAACUUGCACCACCUCCUGCCCCAUGUCAAGCAGAAAUUCAUCCGCCUCAAAGGCAGCGACAAGUCAUCUGAGCUACUGCAGCUCAUCAAAGACCAGGGCCCCUCUAGCGGAGCCCUUCUCGUCUUCUGUAACAAUGCCAGCACCGUCAACUGGCUCGGCUACAUCCUGGAUGAUCACAAAAUCAAGCACCUGAGGCUCCAGGGACAGAUGCCUGCAGCUAUGAGAGCAGGCAUUUUCACCACCUUCCAGAAGGGACAAAGGGAUGUCCUCAUUUGCACAGACUUAGCUUCCCGUGGACUGGAUACCAGCCGUGUGGAGCUUGUAGUCAACUAUGACUUCCCAUCCACGUUGCAAGACUAUCUCCAUCGGGUGGGGCGGGUUGGGCGUGUAGGCAGCACGGUGCCUGGGACUGUGGUUAGUUUUGUAACCCAUCGUUGGGAUGUUGAUCUGGUGCGGAAGAUAGAGACUGCAGCCCGGAGAAGGACCAGUCUCCCUGGGAUGGAGACUGCCAUUAAGGAGCCUUUGCCUAAAACAGACCUGACUCAGACUGACGAACAAUGAAAUGCUAAUGUUCAAAUUGGAUUUAGGGUGCUGAUAAUGAGGUCUAUUGAAGGCUAAAUCAGCUAAACUUAGUUUUGUGAGUCAAAAUGAGGAUAUGGGCUAAGAAACAACAUAACAAAAGUGUUAAAGUUACCACUUCUGCCUGGUUAGUUACUGGCAGGUGCACUGAUGCAUAUCAGUAUGAACUGCUACUUCAUGCUUUUUUAAAUCUAAACAUGUAACAAACCCCACAACUAAUAAAUAAAUGCUAAAUUUUUCCUCUGUUUA